AUGCUCGACCAGUACACUUACAUCUUCGCCAUCGGCACCAUGUUUGCCAUGCUCGAUGCAUUCAACAACGGUGCCAAUGAUGUGGCAAACUCGUGGGCUACCAGUGUGUCGUCUCGCUCGAUCUCGUACCGCCAGGCCAUGAUCUUCGGCACCAUCUUCGAGCUGCUCGGAGCCAUCACCGUCGGUGCCAGAACUGCAGAGACCAUCAAGAACGGCAUCAUCCCCAACUCUGCCUUCCAUGGCAACGCCGGUGUGCAGAUGCUCGCCUUCACCAUUGCUCUUGCCGGUGCUUCGUCCUGGGUUAUGUGGUGUACCCGCAACUCCGCCCACGUCUCCUCCACCUACUCGCUCAUCUCCUCUGUGGCCGGUGUCGGUGUUGCUACCGUCGGCGCCUCAAAGGUCCAGUGGGGUUGGAACAAGGGUAAGGGUCUCGGUGCCAUCUUCGCUGGUCUCGGAAUGGCCCCCGUCAUCUCUGGAGGAUUCGGUGCCACCAUCUUCAUGCUCAUCAAGCUCAUCGUCCACAUGCGCAAGGACCCCGUUCCAUGGGCCGUCUAUACCUCUCCAUUCUUCUUCCUCAUCGCCGGAACUAUCUGUACUCUCUCCAUCGUGUACAAGGGUUCCCCCAAUCUCGGACUCGGCAAGAAGCCCAGCUGGUACAUCGCCGCUGUCACCCUCGGAACCGGUGGUGGUGUCUGUCUGCUCGCCGCUCUCUUCUUCGUCCCAUACGUCCACGCCAAGGUCAUCAAGAAGGAUGCCUCCGUCAAGUGGUACCAUGCCUUCAUGGGUCCUCUCCUCUUUAAGCGUGCUGCCGUUGCUCCCGCUGACCAGGCCAACGUCCCCAACUAUGCCGUCGUCCAGCACGACCCCGAGCUCGAGGACGAGACCCCAGCCCACGGUGACGCCGUCAGCAAGGCCGAGAACGGAAACCCACCAUCCACCCCUGACGAGAAGGAGAAGCAGCUCUCUGCCGUCGACGCACCACCACUCACCCAGAAGGAACUCAACGCUCAGGGUGACGCCAGGUUGAACGCCAAACUCCGCAAGAAGCGUGGUCCUCUCGGCUGGGCUCUCCGCACUCUCCACAACAACCCAAUGGGUCCCGGCCAGAUCUAUGAGCUUCACAACAUGAAGAUCAUCGCCAAGCGUAUCCCUGCCACCAUCGUCGCCGGUCUCCUCUAUGGUAUGCACUAUGACAUCCACGCCGCCCAGUCUGGUAUCGCCGGUACCCCUGAAGGUACUCGCAUGGCCCGCGUCUACGAUGCCGCUGAGAAGUACCCCAACGAGGUCGAGCACACCUACUCCUUCGUCCAGGUCUUGACUGCCUGUACCGCCUCUUUCGCUCACGGUGCCAACGAUAUCGGAAACUCCGUCGGUCCAUGGGCCGUCAUCUACGGCGCCUGGUCCACCGGUAACGCUGCUCAGGCCAAGGCUCCCGUCCCAGUCUGGCAGCUCGCUGUUCUCGCCCUCACCAUCUCUCUCGGUCUGAUUACCUACGGAUACAACAUCAUGAAGGUCAUGGGCAACAAGAUCACCUACCACUCUCCAUCCCGUGGUUCCUCCAUGGAGAUGGGUGCCGCCAUCUGUGUCCUCGUCUUCUCCCAGUUCUCCCUCCCAGUCUCCACCAGUAUGUGUAUCACCGGUGCCACCGUCGGUGUCGGUCUGUGCAACGGUACCAUCAAGGCCGUCAACUGGCAGCGAGUUGGUCUCCUGCUCCUCGCCUGGGUCAUGACCAUCCCCAUCGCCGGAACCCUCGGUGGUGUUCUCAUGGGUCUCUUCCUUAACGCUCCUCAUUUUUAA